UUCAUUUUUUUCUCCUUUGAAGGAUUAUGCAACAUAAAAUAAAAGGUGCGCCUUUUGGAAUAAUCCAAACAACAGCAAAUAAUCGUGGCAUACUAAAGUUAUAUCAUGAAAGCGAGAAUAAGACACCAACCAAAAUAGUCCUUACGAAUACCACCGUUCUUUGCACUCAUUCUAUUCCCUUUCACAUUUCUAUUCCUGAAUUCCUAUCUUUCAUUGCACCUGUAGAAACUCAUGUUAGCCACUAUAGAGUAAUAAAAGAAGCAAAUAAGGAUACUUAUAUGGUUUUGAUGAAAUUCAAAGAAAGCCAGGCAGCCAAUAUAUAUUUUGAGCAGUAUAAUAAUAGACGCUUUAGUUCUAUGGAACCUGAGACAUGCCAAGUUCUUUAUGUAGAAUCAGCUGAAACAGAACAAGAUUCAGAACCACUGUUUAUACUAGUUAGCCCAGAAGAAACGUGUUCUGUGUGUUUAGAGCCGCUUGGUGAAAGUAAAUCGGGGAUAUUGACCAUUCUCUGCCAGCAUACAUUCCAUUGUCACUGCUUGCUCAAGUGGAAAGAUGGUAGCUGCCCAGUUUGCAGAUAUUCACAAAAGAAAACGGUGACGGAGGAUGGAGGCGGUAGCCAUAAAGUAUUUCAGGAGACAGAAGAAAGGGUCAUUGGGCAAAGUGACGAUAAUGAUAAUGAGUGCGCCGAGUGCAAGACGAAGGAGGGUCUUUGGAUUUGCUUGAUCUGUGGCUAUGUAGGGUGUGGGAGAUAUCAAGGUGCGCAUGCUUAUAAGCAUUAUAGAGAGACAGAACAUAUAUAUGCUUUGGAUAUUGCUUCUCAACGAGUAUGGGAUUAUGUUGGUGAUGGAUAUGUGCAUAGGCUCGUACAAAAUAUGGCUGAUGGUAAGCUAGUGGAGCUUCCAGACAAUACGAGACCAGAUAAUACGGCUUUUUCCCAGCAGGAAAAGCUAGAAUCCAUUGCACUUGAAUAUAGCUAUAUGUUAACCACUCAGUUGGAUUCGCAGCGUAUAUAUUAUGAAAAUCAAAUAGACAAGGUUUCAAGCCAGCUUAUAAAAUUAACAACACAAUUGAAGCAACUGGAAAUACAAGCAAAAAAUGCGGUUGAAGAGAAUGAGUAUCUGGAGCAUCAGAUUUCUUUGAAAGCAAAAGAAGCUUCAAAAGUAAUGGAUGGCAAAGAGGUCGCAGAGAAGAGCUAUGAAAUAUGGAAAGAAAAGUUGGAGGCACUUAAGGAUCUAUGGUUAAAAGAAAAAGAGAUGACAAAUACAUUAAUACAAAGCAACGAAGAACUAUCCAAAAGCAAUGAGCUUGCAGCUAACAGCAUCUCUGAAUUAAAUGAUCAAGUACGCGACUUGAAGUUUUUCUUGGAAGCUAGGAAAAAGGUACAAGCAGAUCCAAGCUUAGAAGGCGGUAGCGUAGAAACUAGGCAAUCCUCGCGUAGAAGAAAAGGCAAACGAAGGCCAGAAGGACGAUGAGCUCAUUAGUGAUUCCACACAUAUUGUAUACUGCCUUCAGCUUUUGCUGUAUACCCAAUAAAAACAUGCAAAUUAUGCAGUGAUCGGAAAUAGAAUCUGUUUGUAUUUGACGUGUCUGUGGCUUGUACAGUAGCUUUUUGACUAAAAUACAACCAAACGAAGCACAAGGUAACGACCAAAUAUUCUUAUAAUAAAGAAUAGCUUUAGACACUCACAAUAUCUUGUCUAUAUUUUAUGGUAUGCUUACUAUCACUGGGCACGCCAUUGGCAUACUCGAAAGGCUGGCCGCAGUCUAGUUUUUGAUUGGUCAGAUUGACCGCUUGCAAU